GGCCGUGGGACCCAAGGCCACGAUCAGAGCAUGUUUGUAGUAUGCAGUAAAUAAUUGCUCCACGCAUGCGUCAAUUAUAUAAGGUUUAGAACAAGGAAAAUAGAAGUACGCAUGUGCUAGAGAUAUUCUGUAAGCCUAAUGAACAAAGAAACUCAGACCGCGCAUGUGCUGACAGAAAACAGAUAAAAGCGGGACAGGUGCAUAAUAGGCGCGCACCUCCCUGUGGCAAUAAAGUGUUGUUAACCCCAUGGUGUCUCCGGCUGAAGUCUGUCUGGCGGUACGGCAACUCCUCAUGCUUUUUUUCGUUUGGGCCGCUCACCUCCCAGAACUCCACGUCAGCCUCCCUUGGCUGACACUUUGCACUGUGAGCAGGAUGAGAUUUGGAAACCAGUGCCACAGCGCUGCGAGAAGCCCUGGCGGGCUGGGGGUGGACCAUGAACAAGGACAAAGUGCAAGAACCUGGAUAUUCUGUCAAAUUCUCGGGUGUUGUCUGGUCGGGGUAACAGCAAAUACCACGUUCUCCUGGGCACACACAUUCACGCAAGUCCACAACGUCUCUCACUGUUGGGUCUAUACUGAACUUCCCAUAGACGCAGGAGAUGGACUGCCAUGGCACCUCCACCCCGCGUCCAGAGUUAAUUGGAACACCUUGAUUCAAUGGAAUGCCAACAGGACAGCGAGAUCACCCUGGGACUUGCGGCGGCAGACUAUUGAAGAGAUACUCCGAUGUGAGCGGGGCAUUGCCUCCCCCCCAAUUGAAAGGACUGUAUGGAAUGGGUGGGGAUGGAUGAAUAGUGUUUAUGUAAAAAUGAGACAUUUAAGCCCUCUCUGUAUUGAGCAGCAGUUUGAACACAAGGCUCCAAACCGCACAGUGGGGUGGCUCCCAGAAGAACUAUGUGCCAAAAUUAUUUAUAAUGUAAAUGCCUCCACCUGGUGGGAUGGACGACCUUUAAUUGGCGUAAACCCCACUGAUUUCUUGCCACCAGGGUACCUGUGGGUAUGUGGCACCCACGGAUGGUGUUAUCUUCCAGCUAAAUGGACAGGGCGCUGUACUUGGGGUAGAGCUUACUUGCCUGGACACAUCUGGCCCAUUUUAACAGAGCGCCCCACAAACUGGGACCCACUGCACACCCGGUGGCACCAGGGAAAGCAUGCAGCUUGACAGUUUUAUCCUAUGGCCCUGUUCCUGCCUGGUGCUGGGACCAUCAGUGUUGAAUUGCAGGUAGAAGCUUUGGCUCAGCACAUAUCAGCUGUACUGAAUGUUACUAGAAGAGUUAGAGAAAUUGUUAGAUGAGACUACCCAGAUGCGAAAGGUGGUCUAACAAAAUAGAAUGGCAUUAGAUAUUCUCACUGCAAGCCAGGGUGGCACAUGUGCUAUGUUACAUAUUGAAUGUUGUAUCUAUAUACCAGAUCACCAGAAGAAAGUAACUAAGGCACUGCAUGAAAUAGAUCAGGAAUUGGAUUGCAUAGAUCAUGUAACUCAGGACCCCUUUAAAAAUUGGUGGUCAUCCUUGACGUCCUCCUGGAGAUGGAGCUUAGCUGUCCUGGCUAUUGUAGCUGCCUGUGUAUUAGUAGGGUGCUGUACUCUAUAUUGUUGUUGUGGUUUUUGGGCACAAUGCUCCGUCCUGUGGACUAGGGUCCCCAGGACCUAGGGGGUAAAAUAUGAGCUGGCCUUGAGAUGAGUUAAGGCCGUGGGACCCAAGGCCACGAUCAGAGCAUGUUUGUAGUAUGCAGUAAAUAAUUGCUCCACGCAUGCGUCAAUUAUAUAAGGUUUAGAACAAGGAAAAUAGAAGUACGCAUGUGCUAGAGAUAUUCUGUAAGCCUAAUGAACAAAGAAACUCAAAGUGUGCAUGUACUGGCAGAGAACAGAUAAAAAGUGGGACAGG